AUGACUACUUCAUCUGUCUGUUCCACAACUAUCGAGAGAUAUCGCAAUCCUGAGAACUAUGCUAUUAUUUGGCUUGAUGCUGAUUUCAGUGAUCAGAAUGGCAUACAUAAAAGCGGAUUAGAACAACUUGAGAAUCUUGCUGGUCGGAUCGAAACAUUUACUGAAUCAAAUGAAUGUAUCGAUUUCAUCACACAUGAGCUUGAUACAAAACUUCUAUUGAUCGUAUCUGAUUCGUUUGGUGCACAACUCAUUUCUAUACUCGAUGAUAUGCCACAAAUACAAUCAGUUUAUAUUUUCAGUACGAACAGUGAACCAUGUGUAUCAUGGACAAAAGAUUAUUCGAAAGUGAGAGGUAUCUAUAAAGAUAUCGUGUCCUUAUGUCAAAUUAUCAAACGUGACAUUCGAAUCAUUGAAUACAAUCUCACACCAAUUAGCAUAUAUUUAAGUCGUUUUUCUACAAACGAUCAAAACACACUCGAUCCAACAUUUAUGUACUGUCAAAUACUCAAAGAAAUAUUUCUCGAUAUGGAGUACGGAAAAGAAGCGAAACAAAACUUGGUUGAAUUAUGCAGGAAAGAAUAUGCUACUAGCAUCGUCGGCUUACGAGUUAUAGCGGAAUUUGAACGAGAUUAUGAUAAACAUACGCCAGUUUGGUGGUACACUCGAGACUGCUUUGUUUACCGAAUGCUUAACAAAGCAUUGCGAACUCAUCACAUUGAAGUGAUCAACAAAUUCGCAUUUUUUAUCAAAGAUCUACAUCGUCAACUUGAGCAGCUUCAAGGAGAUCUUGGNAUGGAUGUUUCUUUAGAUUUGAUUGGUUUAAAGGAGCAGACAAUCCAAAUAUGGUUUAUUCGAAAGUCAAAUGUCCACAAGAAUUGA